AUGGGCUUUCUUUCCAGCCCGAGGCGGCCCCGCGAACCGCGCCUACCGCUCUACUCAACCAUCGGCUCCUAUCCGACGAAGGAGCACUGCUCCGACGACGGUUACGAAUCCUCCGACGUCGAGUCAGAAAUAUCCUUAUCGUCGUCAUCAUCACCCUACAGCUCGGGAAACGUCUCGGACGCUGCCCCGGCGCUCUCCCUCCUUCGGUCGAAACGAGCGCCGCCGCCCUCCAGGUGCAAGAACCUCAGCCUGUAUCCAUACCGAUUGCCGACAAAGGUGACCCGCUAUGUUUUCGUUGCCGUCGUGGGCACCACCCUCCUCUUGAUUCUUACCCUGGUUCGCGCCAGCCAGGUCGAGAACUGGAAGGUGGCCAACGGCAAGAUCAACACGCCGCCGCCGCCGCCACCCAUCUGGGAAAGGUUUCCCUUCUUGGAAAGAUAUUACGGCGGCCUACGGACCGUGACGUCCUUCCGGGAGAGCAAUCCGCAAUAUCCUCGGCCGCAUGAGCCCCCGGCCGUGGCCCGACCGGCGGAGAAGGCCGCGGGCAAGAUUCAACCUGGCAUCCGGCAGAGGAACGUUCCCGAGAGCAAACCCUGGGACGAGUAUGCUGCCAGGAGCAAGGAGGCCGGCAUGCAGCAGUGCUUCCUCGAUGCCGCCGGCAAGGUGCGCCCCCCUCCGCUGCGGUACUACGAAGGCCGUCCGCUCGGGUUCCCGGAGAACGUCGCGGGCUCGUACGAUGUCCUGAAGCUGCCCGAAGACGUCUGCUUCGAGCGUUUUGGUCGAUACGGGCCCUACGGCUUCGGAUACUCGACCAGAACCGGCGGCCUCGGCAUCGGAGAGCACGGCGAGAGCGAGGGCUCCGACGCCGUCUGGAACACGACCUCCCGCGUCGACUACCGCGACGUGAACUGGGCAGACGCUCAGCGCCGAUGCUUCCGGAGCAACCAGCAUCGCUUCAAGACGUUGCCCAACGAGACGCCGGCCCCCCACGGUUUCUACAUCGGCCAUCCGGCUGCUGCCACGACGGAAACGACGCAUGCCCCGUCCGACUCGCCGACGGACAAGGAUGCCCAGGACCGUCCGGAUCCCCCCAAGAUCGAGAAAAAGGCCAGGACGGCGGUUGUCGUUCGAUGCUGGGACGAGUACCUGUUCCGCGAGGACGACAUUGCCAACAUUCGCUCCAUGAUUUCGGAGCUGGCCUUGGGCUCUGGUGGUCGAUACGACAUCCACCUUCUCGUGCAGGUCAAAAACGACGGCCGUCACCCCAUCUGGGCCGAUCACGAAGCCUACGAGGCGAGAAUCCGGGAAAGCAUCCCCAAGGAAUUCCGGGACCUGGUCACCCUCUGGACCGAAACGCAAAUGCUGUCGCUCUACCAGGGGGUCUACGACCUCUGGAGUCGCGGUCCCGAACUCCCCGUCCACGGCGUCUACCGGGGAUUGUCCAUGGCGAUGCAGCAUUUCGCCUACAUGCACCCCGAGUACGACUACUUUUGGCAGUGGGAGAUGGACAUUCGGUACACCGGCCACUACUACGACCUCGUCACGAGGCUCGAGGACUGGGCCAAGGCGCAGCCGAGAAAGGGGCUCUGGGAGCGCAACGCACGCUUCUACUUCCCCACCGUUCACGGCUCCUGGGAGGACUUUUCGCAAAUGGCUCGCGUCCAGAGCGAGAUGGGCGUCGUCGGAUCCGACAACGUGUGGAAGAACGUGCCCGACCAAGGCAACGCACCGCCGCACCGUGACGACAAGAAGGCUGACAAGCCCGUCUGGGGGCCCGUCCGCCCCUCCGACCAGGGCGACUGGUUCGAAGUCGACAACGACCCUGCGCCCCCGACGACGUACGCCGCGGAUCGAUACGAGUGGGGCGUCGGCGAAGAAGCCGACUUCAUCUCUCUCAAUCCCAUCUUCAACCCCGACGGCACGACCUGGGCUCUCAAGGAGGACAUCACCGGCUUCAACAGAUCGCACCCCACGCCACCCCGUCGCGCGGCCAUCAUCACGACCUCCCGCAUGUCCCGUCGACUCCUCAUGGCGAUGCACCGCAUGACGGCCUACAAGAAGCAGUUCGCCUUCCCCGAGAUGUGGCCUGCGACGGUCGCACUCCAUCACGGAUACAAGGCCGUCUUCGCGCCCCACCCCAUGUACGUCGACAGACGCUGGCCCGUCGACUUCAUGGCCCAGACGUUCAACGGCGGCCACGGCGGAGGAAGCGGAGGCUCGCGGACGAGCAUCUACGGCGACCGCGAGCACAACUUGCGCGGCGUCAGCUGGUUCUACAACUCCGGCUUCGCACCCAACCUGUACCGUCGCUGGCUCGGCCUCAAGGUCAACAACGACGGCGGCGAGGAGUUCGAAAAGACCGAGGACAAGAGCAAGGAGGGCCCCGGCGUGAGCAACAUGGCUGGGGGCGAGGGAAGGAUGUGCCUGCCCCCCAUGCUGCUGCACCCCAUCAAGGAUGUCGCCCUGCCCAUCGAGGCGGCUCCCGCGGCCGAUGGAGAGGCGGAAGGCGUCGGCGUCGUGCCCGCGUCUGAUCCCGCAGCGUAG